AUGAAGUUCUCCGUUGCCUCCAUCCUCGCUUUGGCUACCGUCGCCCUUGCUGCCCCAACCAAAGACCACGGAGGUGAUCAAUGCAAAUACGUUCCUUGUGUCGACAAAGACUUGAUUGUCGUUGAUGCUAAUGUCGACGUCGACCUUGGAAUUAUUGACCUUGACCUUGACCUUGACAUCGGGGUUGGGCUUUUCAAGAAAGAAUGCAAGGCAUACUGCUGCCACAAGCCUUGCAACAAGGGCGAGCGCAUUCCCAACACCUGCUGGGUACGCCACUAA